AUGGUACAACCUACAAAGCACGCUUCUCUCCUUUACCAACUAACGUCCUUGGAUUACAGGCUCAAACUCCCCAACAACGCCGCGCAAACGCCGCUUUCGCCCGCUCCGAAGAGAAGAAGAUGGGCAGACCCCAAACGAUAGUCCAGAAGAAAGAAAAGAAAGAGAAAGCUCCGAUCAGUCCCUUCUGGGUCUGUGAGUAGUAUCGUUGGGCAGGAAGUUGGAUGCGGUCAACUGAUUUGGAUACAGAUAUGCUGAUCUUCGUGGUAUGCGGUGGAAUCAUAUUCGAGGUGGUACGGAUGAUGGUUUCGGGUGCUUCGGGCUGGUUCUAG